UCCCCUUUCCGGAAAUGAUGUAAUGUUAUUAUUAUUCCAGGAAGAGGGCACGGGAAAGCACUGAACUGCGUCAACAAUUGUUUUUAUGAUACAUUCGGAUUUCAGCUCCUGUUCAACAUGGCAACGGGCCACUGCUGAGUGAUUUAUGGAACUGUUCCUGGACGGGACUUUAUUAAGCGACACCAUGGACACAUCAAACUUCGCCCACGUCAUCUUCCAGAAUGUGGGGAAGAGUUACAUGCCCCAUGCUGCACUGGAGUGCCACUAUACCCUGACACAGUUCAUCACACCCAAUCCAAAGGACUGGGUUGGCAUAUUCAAGGUUGGUUGGAGCACAGCGAGGGACUAUUACACAUUCUUGUGGUCGCCCCUCCCUGAGAACUAUGUGGAAGGCACCGCAGUCAACCGAAUAGUGGUCUUUCAGGGAUAUUAUGUGCCCAACGAUGAUGCAGAGUUCUACCAGUUCUGUUAUGUGACCCACAAAGGGGAGAUCAGGGGAGCCAGCACGCCAUUCCAGUUUCGUGCCAACAGCCCUUCAGAGGACGAGCUGCUGACUGUGGAGGAUGAAUGCAACUCUGACAUCCUGGUGGUCACCACCAAGGCUAGCUUCCUUGAGCAAAAGAUGGAGGAAGCCAAGAGAGAGAAAGAGGAGCUGGUGAAAAACAUAGGUCUCCUGCAGCAGGAGAAGGACCAGUUGGAAGCUGAGAAGGAGAGUCUUCAGAAGGAGUGUGAGCAGGAGAAAGAAACCUGUGCCCAGCUGAGAAGAGCGAGCCAAGAGGUGCAGAAUUCUUCCCAGGCCCUGCAAGAGGAGAAAGAGGAGGUAAAGAGGAGGCUGGAGGAGGCCACAGCCAGAGUUAUACAGUUGGAGGAGGAUCUGAUUGGAGUCACCCAGAAGGGCCUACAAAAGGAAACUGAGCUGGACAGUCUCAAGGAUAGAGUGAAGAAACUUACAGCAGAGAAGGAGGCACUUGAAUCUCAUCUUAAGAAUGAGAAAGACGAGAAGGAACUUUACAAGACUCACCUGAAAAACCGGGAGCUGGAGAACACCAAGCUGAGUGCAGAGCUGCAGAUGCUGAAGUCUGUGGACGUGAACAAGGAAAACACCAUUGCCCAGUUUAAAGAGGAGGUGGGACGCCUGCAGGCGUGCCUCACUGAAAAGGAGAAACAUUACAGAGAGAUACUGGCCAAAGUCCCCCCCUUGGGAGAUAUGAAGGCCCUGAAGGAGCAGCUGCGGCAGAAGGAGGAACAGCUCCAGGCCAAACAGCAGCAGUCGUCCUUGUUAGCCGCUGAGUUGAGGGACGCCUCUAGCACCCGCGACCGUACCAUGUCCGAACUCUACCACAUGAAGCUGGAGGCGGAUGCCAUUCGCCAGGCCAAGGCUGAAGCUCAGGCCCAGUGUGUCCGCCUGGAGCGCCUGGUAGAGCAGAUGAAGGCAGAGGCCAAGAUUGAAGCUGCCAAAGCAGAAGAAGAAGCUGCGGCAGACCCAGCUGUUUUAGCAGAGCUGCAGAGAGAGGUGGAGGACCUGAAGCUGCGGCUGCACAUGGCUGCAGAACACUACAAGGAGAAAUACAAGGAAUGUCAGAGACUGCAAAAACAAGUGCUUAGAUUCUCUGAUCCACAAGGGGAUCUGAAGAGAAGCUCAGCACAAGAGGCCUCAACAAUCCCUUUAUCAGUGAGUCCAGACACUUCAGUGCCAGGGAGUCCAGGUUCUGCUGAUCCCAUGCUGGAAGCCAUCAUCCAGGAGAAACUCAAAGGCAUCAGCAGAGAGGCGUCCGACAGGAAUGACAAGUACAGGAAAUGCAAGCAGAUGCUGGUGGAGGAGAAGGAGCGUAGCUGCAUGUUUGCUGAUGAGCUGGCCAAGAUGGAGGUGAAAUUUAAGGAGCAACUGAAGACGAAUGAGAACAUGAAACUGCAGUUGGCAGCAGAGGAAGAUCGCUACAAGGAGCUCCAGAAGGGCAGCAGCCGCAGGAAGGGAGAUCAGGGGGCCAGUGAGAAAACCGUCUUGGAGAGUAUCCAGUCCAAUGUGCCUUUAUUCCUGCAGUACCCUGUCCCCUACACCCAGGAUGCCCCCACCCCACUGCUGGUCUCUAAGAGCCCCAGCAAGCUGCAUUUUGGGAACCCUUACUCCAUAACAGACUCUAAAGAUGAGGGAGAUGAGGAGUUCUCAAAUGACCAGCUGCUUAGGCCCCCUGUGGGCCCGCCCUCCUGGGACAGCAAUGUGGUGUGUAACCAACCCACACGCAAUCAUAGCCGGCCAGAAGGCCACGAGGAGUCAGAGGAAAAGCAAAACAUCAACAAUGAUAAUACCAACGAACAGCCCACAGCAACUGAAACUCACAGCCCAUUUGUGACCGAUGGACAAACUGCCUUCUGCUUUGAUCCCAGCAUGGACAUGAAGCGAUGUCCACUCUGUGAGGUCAUCUUCCCACCCAACUAUGACCAGAGCAAGUUUGAGGAGCACGUGGAGAGCCACUGGAAAAUCUGCCCCAUGUGCAGCGAGCAGUUCCCGCUGGACUGCGACCAGAAGGUGUUUGAGAAUCAUGUGCUCACUCACUUCGAUGGCCACCCGCUCAACUUCGAGUGAAGAAACAGAAAAUCAGCACAUUCAGUCUGCCUACUUCCUGUCGCCACUGAAAUAAAUCACUCUGCACUCUUUUCUGCAUGUAAUGGUGUGAAGAUCUACUCUUUAGAACUAUACUGACUUUCGCUUUGUUACUUCAACUUAGAGAAACACUUUGAAGUGAUGUGACAUUUUGAAAUGACAUUCUAGUUCAGUGUAUAUGGCAGGGGUACAAAAAUGUUUUUAUAGGUGGAAGAUUUCCCUUCAUUUGGAAUUUGAAGAAUAAUUUAGGGGGAUAAGACGUACAAUUGUACGUACAAUACUGACUUUAAAUUGACUCGGCUCUCACAGAUAUGUCAGACUACAGGAUGUAAUGAAUCAGGGAAAGUGUUUACCAAACUUACAUUUAAAACAGCCAACCAAAUGGUUCCCCCCUUAAACUUCACCGUACAAGUCAUUUGCUCAUUCUUUUUAGAAAGCAGCCUUGCUGCACCAUAUGCAGUCAGGGAGAUUUCUUCAGUGAUUAGAUUCAGACAUGAUAAUACAGUAUAUCAUCAGAUCAUCUAUUUUAGAAUAAUUAAAUCUAAUGCUAUUGUGAAAGCCUUGCUACUUUGUGUAUGAUAUAGAUUUGUUUUAUGUUAGGUUUCCUUUUGUUUUGAUUUAUACAUAUUUAAUUGGGUUUUUUGUGUCUGAAUCCUUAUGAACCUUCAUAUCAUCAGCUAAUCAGUGCAUGCUGAGCUUAUGUUAAAUUUCCUUCUUCGGUUCUUCUCUUUUACAGUAAUAAGUUAUUUCUUCCAUAGAUAUGUUUCAUUUGUUAAGUGAGUUUCAUGUAUCUGAUACGAACUAAUAAAGUCAGUUUGAAUCUGAAA